GUUCAAAUUCUGACAUAGAAACAUAUGGUAAAUCACGGUUGUAUUUUUUAUGUGGUUGUGAGGAAGAUGAUAAGAACAUGCAAAUAAAGUGUAGAGAUGGUGAUGUUAUUCAAAUGGAACCAUUCGGAUAUAUAAUGAGAGACAGUACCAGAAAGGACAUAAAUUAUAGCUCCCUCAGCUACGAAAAAUGCAAGAAGAAAUUUAGACCCGAGAUUUUAAACCUAGAAACCCGUUUAGAAAUCUAUAAGAAAUGUACUCUAAGAAACUCCUGUUAUACAAAAAUAGCCGGAGUAGAAGAGGGCCAACAAAGAAUCGUUAAUCAUCCUUUCUACUGUCAUUCUGAAUCGUCUAUCAAAGAUAUAUCACAGGAAACAGUUGAAAACCUGAAGAAUCCAAUAUUCUAUUUUACUGGAGAGAAGUUUAGAGGACAGAAGAUAGAUUGUGACUGUUCUAUUACUAGUUUAGGUUCGCUGCAACUUGAACUUUUCUUCAUCCAUUUAAAACCAAGCACAUCUUCCAAAGUGAGAUUUCUUACACAAAAUUUUCUUCUGUUUGAAUCUUCUGUCGACGGCAUUACAGUGCUAUAUACAUACUACAGCUACAUUGUUCCAGAAUUUCAACUGGAGAUACGAGGAAUGAAACCAGAUGUAGAGGAUGUUAUAUUUUUUAGAUUAAGGGAGCAGAACAGAGGAAUAUCACCAGCAUUUCCUGUCCGAUAA